AUGGACAAGGGGAGAUACCAGAGACUAAUGGCUAAGCUUAUAUACUUAUCCCACUCACGUCCAGACAUUACCAUUGUAGUAAGCAUGGUUAGCCAAUUUAUGCAUGCUCCUAGAACUUCCCACCUAGAGGCAGUUAUGAGAAUCAUGAGGUACCUAAAGUCUUCUCCUGGAAACGGUCUCUAUUUCUCAAAACAUGGACAUCUUGGUGUGGAGGCCUUUACUGAUGCAGAUUGGUCUAGAUUAAUCACUGAUAGAAUGGUCAACCUUUGGAUAUUGCACAUUUGUUGGCGCAACCUAGUCACUUUGCGAAGUAAGAAACAGAAUGUGGUUGCUAGAUCUAGUGCUGAGGCAGAAUUCCGGGCUAUGGCUCAGGGUGUUUGCUAUGGAUCGGACUAUUGUUGGGAGAUUCAGGGAUCCGUCAGACCGAUUCUAUGA